GGGAUGACUCGGUAUUCUUUCGUUCGGUCUUAGGGGAUAUUUUUUUUAAUCGACACAUCCCAACUUAGUAUGCGCUUGUUUUAUUUGUGAUAUUGGCUUACGAACCGCGUCAACCGUGUCGAAAACCAUUUCAUGAUUACAGUGAAGCGAAACCGAGAAUUAAAAUGGAAGAACGGGCAAAACACUCUUGUGUGAAUAGGAACCCACCAGCAUGUCAGUCCAGUCGGAGAAUAUCCAGGACAAGUCGAAGGAGCAGCUCGAUUGGCUGCCGGUCGUUGAUGAUAGGCAGACGAUCGUCGGCUGGCUUACUAGCGUGGACUAAUUGCCAAGAUCCAUCGAGGUUGGUGGUUGAAAUCAACAGUCAAGUGGCUCAGUUUAGAGAAUUGCUCGUGCACAUCGGUACGUCCAAGGAUUCACCGGAAACGAGAGAAAAGAUCCGGAAAUUACGAAGAGGAUGCGUAGACACGUGUAAACACACCAGUCAAUUACUUAUACCUCAGCUGAAGGGAUCAAAUUUAGAAGUGGCUCUUAUAGACCAUCCAGAGUUGGCUCUUCUAUUUUAUUUGUGCCAAAUGAUGUUAAGAGAAUUGAGCAAAUGUAGUCGUCUAGUGCAACUUAUUCCAAUGGACAUGACUGGAUAUUUCGAAAAUCGAGCUGGCCCGUCAAACAUCGGCAACGUUAUCAGUCAAAUACUUCUAUGCAAGCAAAUAGCACCAGAUUUCAACCAAGAAGAAGUCUGUAGCAUAGCUAAGGACAGUCAAGACUUAGCUAAACUCAUACAAGACAUGCAAGAAUUUCUCCCCCAACAAGAUACAGCUGCUGAAAAAAAUGCAGCUCUAGAACCCGAAAACAGCAAGUGGAAAAGAAAAGGAAGACGGAACUCGAUCUACACCAACGUCAGUUCUUGCUGCUGUUUUUGUAAACCAACUUACAUUUGAUGUCCUACGUUGGUUUCUUAAAAAGAUAAUAUACGUAUAACUAUAAUUAUAUUCCCAAGUGCUCAAAAUCAAAGUUCGUUUACACGAAAUUACCUUACCCUGCUUGCACAAAUUGCCAUUGAUAUUAGUUAUAUUAUUAUCUACUAAAUUAUUAUUCUUAAAAACAAAUAAACAGUUUCAUUUUUUUAAUAUCGUAGUAUUUUCCAAUGAAAAGUAAUAUUUAAACCAUUUAUUUAUAAUUUAAAUAAGCCAUAGAGUUUGUCCAUAUGGUAAUAAUAUUCAUAAUCAACUCAUUUCAUAGAGCGAUUAUUUAAAAAUAAAAUAAACAAAAAAGUGAUCAGUUAGUAGACAAUAAUUAAAAGUCAUAUAAAUUUAAAACGAUAUUGUCAUUAUAAAUUUUAGAACACCAAGACUGUUAAAACUAUGAAUUUUAAUAUUUUUAUUAGGUAAUUCUUAUAAAUAGUGCCUACGUCACGUCAAUAUUGUGUUAAUGAAUGAGAACACAGUAUACAAUAUAAAACCAAUAUUAAUAUAAACAAACUGUAAAAAUGUACACCUAUAGGAUUUUCCACUUUUAUUUUUACUUCCAAUUAUUAAUAGUUCCAUUUUAAUUCUAUUUCAAAAAUCAGUGGACAAAUAUUUAUCUAAUAAUAUGUUGUAUUUUGUAAGAAAAUGCAUAAAAUUAAUGAAAUUUUACUGAGACUAGAAUUUAGGAU